ACGCAAUCUGCGUAUAUUGACAACAAAAUGGAAGACUUUAUUGUUGUUUAAAGAAAUGCAUUUACAUCUAGUAAAUCUAGUGUGAAUGAGACUCAAAUCCAAUGGAUAAGAAACAAGUCAGUAAGAAAGGCGCCACCUCGCGUACAUCAGGCGUCCAGUUCACCAAAGGAAGACUCAAGCUUAAUAAUUUAAGAGGAAAGGCUAUGAGGAAUGACAAAGAAUGCGAGGGUUGCUCCUUUCUAACAGUCUCUCAAAUGGAUCCUGUCUACUUUCUACCAACCCUACCGAUGAAGAGAGCCAAACCAAUCUGGAUGUCUGACCAACCUCUCUACGUUUUAACAGAUCACGGAUAUUUGCCACCCACCACACCAAAACCCAUGAACUUGUGGACUCAGGAUAGGGAAGAAUUGCAAGAUGAGAGAGAGGAUAAAAAGGUUAUCGGACGUCGACAGAGUAUGAAAAGUGGCCUAGUACAGAUGCAAGAAAGUAGAAAAAGACAAGAAGCCUUCAGGAAGUCUCUGCUAAAUAUUGUUAUGCAAGGCAAAUCUGGAAGCCCUGAAGCUGCACGAGAAUCUACAUCCACAAGCCCAAAAGUUGAAAAGGGAUCAAAGUUAUCCUCGAGUGAAGUUGAUCUAUUUCGCUACUUCUAUUACAUCCACAAUGGCGUAGAUGUUAGUGACGUCCAGCCGAUGUCAGACGCUGUAAUUGGGAACAUACUUAACAGACUUAGUGCCAAUCUAAAGAAAGGCCAAUCUAAAACUCUGGACAGACUGUGCGAUGAGAUCAAAGAAGAUUACAUUCUUAACACAAAAAAGUCUAUUUUGGACUUUGUGCUACGAGAUCCAAGGAAACAAAUUAUUGAUGUUAAAGAAAUGAGUAAAGAAAUGAAAGAACUCGAUGUUGUACCACAGCCUUGGCGACUGUCAUUGUUGACUAACAAGGACAAAUUACAGAAAACUCUGUGUUUAGUCAACCCAUGUAUAAGACAAGCUGUAGAAAUUUGGUUUUCUGAUUUUGUAGAUCUACGAUUUAUCAAUCGAAAAGAAUUUAAGAAGAGAACAGAAUCAAUUGAGCUUACAGCUUUUGAAGAAGAGUGUCUGCAAAAUAUUAGCUCGAUGAAAGAAAAAUUAACAAAAAGUUGGCUUCUGAAACUCCACAAUAUGCUACAAAUGGAAAAAAAUAGACGCUAUGCCCCAGAUAUUCAGGUGCUAGAGAAAAUGACUUCCCUAUUUCAGACACUUAAAACAGUCAUGACCUUGAACUUGCAAGAGAUGGUAAAAGAUUCCUUAAUAGAUUACAUGGAAAUGUUUAAACCACCAGAGACAAGUACAGAUGUUCUAGAGCAUUGUGGUUUUGUUGUGAACCUGUGUUUAAAUGAGGCUGGUACAGCCAUUGAUUUUGAUCCUAGCUUUGAAACGAUGGAAUCUAUAUUCUUAAAUGUUUUUGAUGAGAUUAUCAAAACAUCUCUAUCUAUACCAAGACUGGAACGGCGCAUGUUUCCUGACCAACAGUUUGAACCAAAGUAUUUGAUGCCAGUCACUCCUGAAGAUUUUGUAGACACUUUAAAGGAAAAUGUUCUAAGUGUUCUUAGAAAAGAGUUUCAGCCCUUGGAGAAUUAUCUAGAAGUGUUUUCCAAAUUUGAAUUUCUCAUUAAUAAUAAGGCUAAGUAUGACUUAGAGAUAUUUCUCUCAGAACCUCAUCCGUUUGAACAACUUGUUGAGAAAUUUUACUACUUCCAGAAUUUAGCUGACCAGGUUAUCACAGAUUUAUCCAGAUCUGAAAUAGUUGGCAUGUUUAAUGUGAAUAGUGAAAAAGUGAUUGAGACUCUGCAUGAAAGAACUACCAGUAUUUGUGAGGUCUUAGUUGAGCAAAUAUUAGAAGAUCAUCUGGAGAGUAAUAAAGUGCUUUGUGCACGCUAUAAUGAAAUGAGUCAAACAGCACUUUCAAUUCCAGCCAACACAAAAGACUACUUAGCAUUAGAUGCAUACAUGAAAAAAGUGCAGCAAGAACUGCUGGCAGAAUUUUAUAAAGAGUUGUUAAUGUCUAAUAAAAGACUCAUGUUUUUAACAGAAUAUAGUAAUUUCAAUCCACAAACACUGCGUCUGAAUGGUGAACCUUUUCAAUGGUAUCAGAAAACAGAUCAUAUUCUAGAAGAGAAUGCACUCAUAAUGACAGAGAAGCUCAAAGAAUUACAUGAAGAGUUAAAGAUUAGUAAGUUGAUGUUUUUAUCUGAACUCGAAGACUAUUCAAAACAAGUUGAAGAAUUGGAUUUGCUUACAGAUGUGACACAAGUGGAAAAUUACAAUAAAAUAACUAUAGCAUUGCAAGACAAGCUGAUUGAAGCUGCUGAUAAGAUUGCUCUUUUUAAUGAGGAGGAAGAAGCAUUUGGUUUUGAGACUUCCCAAUAUCCUCAGCGUCUUGCGGCUAUCAAUAAACUAAAACCAUACGCUAGUCUUUUCAAGGAAUGUGCUCAAUUUAAUGAAAACUACAGGAAAUGGAUGCAUGGUCCCAUGGUGGAUGUUUUGCCAGAGGAAGUGGAUGCUAGUGUUGGAUCUUCCUACAGAGCAAUAUUUAAACUAGAAAAGCAAUUUAACAAGAAACCUCGAGCUGAGGCCAUUGCUGUUCAUUUUAAAGAGAAAGUGGAUGCCUUCAAACAACAUAUCCCGCUUAUUAAUGUUCUCUUUAAUCCUGGACUCAGAACACGUCAUUGGGAUCAAAUCUCUGAGAUCUCUGGGAAGAAAAUUUACCCUACAGAGAGUACCAACUUGACCUACUUUUUGGAACUGGAUCUGAAAAAACACCUGAACAUGUUUGAGCUGGUCAAUGAAGCAGCUACCAAAGAGUUCUCUUUAGAAAAAGCUUUGAAAGGAAUGAUGGAAGCUUGGGCACCUCUUAAGUUUAUCACAGUACCUUACAGAGACACAGGGACUUACAUCUUGUCUGGUGUGGAUGAAAUCCAACAACUUUUGGAUGAUCACAUAGUUAAAGUUCAAACAAUGAAGGGAUCUCCAUUCAUUAAACCAUUUGAAACAGAAAUUGAACAUUUUGAAAAACAGUUGACAUCUUUACAAGACAUUAUUGAUGCCUGGCUUAAAGUUCAAGCAACUUGGUUAUAUUUAGAGCCCAUAUUCAGCUCUCCAGAUAUCAUGAUGCAGAUGCCAGAAGAAGGUCGCAGGUUCAAGACUGUUGAUAAAACCUGGAAAGAAGUGAUGAAAGUCUGUGUCCAGGACCCAUCUGUCAUGCAAGUUAUUGAGAUUGAUGGCAUUUUGGCUAAGAUGCAGAAAAAUAACAGUCUUCUGGAGUUAAUUAUUAAAGGACUCAAUGACUACUUGGAGAAAAAGAGAUUAUAUUUUCCUAGGUUUUUCUUUCUCUCUAAUGAUGAAUUACUAGAGAUUCUUUCUGAGACUAAAGAUCCUACCAGGGUGCAACCCCAUCUGAAAAAAUGUUUUGAAGGUAUUGCCAGUUUAACUUUCACUGUGCCAGACAAAGAUAUAACACAUAUCAAAUCAAGUGAAGGGGAAGUGGUCAAACUGAAGGACACAAUUUCAACUGCAAGGGCCAAAGGUCAGGUAGAGAAGUGGCUACUGGAGCUUGAGACUGACAUGGUCACCUCAAUAAGAGCUGUGAUCUUUGAAGCUUUAGAAGCAUAUGUAAAAGAAGUCAGGACUCACUGGGUAAGAUCCUGGCCUGGUCAAGCAGUUCUUGGUGUUGGACAGACGUACUGGACAACAUAUGUAACAGAUGCAAUCAUUCAGGGUCCAUAUGCCUUAGAAAACUAUUUGAAAUUAAAUCAUACUCAGAUUGAUGAAAUUGUAGCCUUGGUCCGUGGGAAGCUGUCCAAACAAAACCGGACAACACUUCAGGCUUUAAUUGUACUUGAUGUGCAUGCACGGGACGUCUUGGCACAAAUUGUUGAAGAUGAGGUGACCAGUCCAUCUGAUUUCAAAUGGCUGAGUCAGUUGCGCUACUACUGGGAGGAUGAAAACCUGAUGACAAGAAUGAUCAACUCACAGCUCAGAUAUGGUUAUGAAUAUUUAGGAAACACUGGCAGACUUGUGGUCACUCCAUUAACAGACAGAUGUUACAGAACACUAUUUGGAGCUUUACAUUUACAUCUUGGUGGAGCACCUGAAGGCCCAGCUGGUACAGGAAAAACUGAAACCACAAAGGAUCUGGCCAAAGCUGUGGCUAAACAGUGUGUUGUGUUCAACUGUUCUGAUGGCCUGGAUUAUAUUGCACUUGGGAAAUUUUUUAAGGGUCUUGCUUCAUGUGGAGCAUGGUCCUGUUUUGAUGAGUUUAACAGAAUUGAUUUGGAAGUACUAUCUGUUGUAGCUCAACAGAUUCUUACAAUUCAGAGAGGUAUCAACUCUGGAUCUGAUACACUGCUCUUUGAGGGCACUGAACUUAAGCUUGACCCAACAUGUGCUGUCUUUAUAACCAUGAAUCCAGGCUAUGCUGGACGAUCAGAAUUACCAGACAAUUUAAAGGCCUUGUUUCGCACUGUGGCAAUGAUGGUGCCAGAUUACGCACUUAUCUCUGAGAUCUCACUCUAUUCUUGUGGGUUUGUAAUUGCACGCCCUCUGUCUAUUAAAAUUGUGGCUACAUAUCGUCUAUGCUCAGAGCAGUUGUCUUCUCAAAGUCACUACGACUACGGUAUGAGAGCUGUGAAAUCUGUCUUGACAGCUGCUGGGAACUUGAAGCUGAGAUACCCAGAGCAAGAUGAAAAUAUUUUGAUGUUACGCUCCAUCAUUGAUGUCAACUUGCCCAAAUUUCUGAGCCAAGAUCUCCCCCUGUUUGCUGGCAUUACAUCAGAUUUGUUUCCUGGGGUGAGGCUUCCUGAGCCAGAUUAUGUGAUACUGAAUGAGAACAUUAAGACAGCAUGUACAGAAACCAACCUACAAUGUACUCCAUUCUUCUUAACAAAAAUACAAGAGAUUUAUGAAAUGAUGAUUGUCCGACAUGGUUUCAUGAUUGUUGGAGAUCCAAUAGGAGGCAAAACAUCUGCUUACAGAACAUUAGCUAAUGCUUUGGGAAAGAUAGAAGAUCAGGAGCUAAUGGAUGAACACAGGGUAGAGAUUGCUGUUAUUAAUCCAAAAGCUAUCACAAUGGGUCAACUCUAUGGACGUUUUGAUCCAGUCUCUCAUGAAUGGUCAGAUGGAAUCCUUGCUGUCAACUACAGAAACUUUGCUAUCUCUAAUAAUCCAGACCGCAAAUGGCUGAUAUUUGAUGGUCCUGUAGAUGCUGUGUGGAUUGAAAACAUGAACACAGUACUGGAUGACAAUAAAAAGCUAUGUUUGAUGAGUGGAGAGAUCAUUCAAUUGAUGCCAACUACUAAUCUUAUAUUUGAGCCCAUGGAUCUUGAAGCAGCUUCUCCUGCCACUGUAUCUCGUUGUGGAAUGAUCUAUAUGGAACCAUCAUCUCUUGGCUGGAGACCUCUGGUUAAGUCAUGGCUCUUUGCUAAGCCACAUUUCUUUCUUGACACUAUGAAGGCUAUUGUAAAUAAACAGUUUGAACGUUUUGUUGAUGCUUGCUUGGCUUUGGUGCAUAAAUCUGGAGUGAAGGAACUGUCUCCAACAACUGAUCAUAAUUUAGUCGUGGCACUCAUGCACCUAAUGGAUACCAACAUGGAUGAGUUCCACAGUGAUGCCAAGAUUGUCCAGUUGGAUGAAAGAGAAAUCAUCAUGUGGCUUGAGUGUAUCUUCUUGUUCUCUAUAACUUGGUCCAUCGGUGCUACCUGUGACCAACCUGGCAGGCUACGCUUUGAUUCCCUCAUUAAAGAGUUGAUGAGAGGACCACUCUCAGAAGUAACCAGAGGUGCAUUAGCCUUUGUACACAAUGUACCAACAUUAGAGGCCCCUUACAUGCUGCCAUUUCCAGAUGAGGGCACCAUCUAUGAUUAUCAAUUUAUCAAAGAGAAAUUUGAAAAACCUAAAACAAAAAAGAAGGGUGAAGAUGAAGGUGAAGAUGUGUUUACAGAAGACUUGAUGGAACUAUUAAAUAAAGACAGUGGGGGAGCUGAGAAAAAAAUUUGUGGUCGCUGGGCCCUUUGGUCUGAGGAAUUGGCUUCAGUACCUGACAUUCAAGCAGAGGCUGUUUUUAAUGAAAUUAUUGUGCCAACUAUUGAUACCAUACGUUACAGUGUUUUGAUGGACAUGUUGACCUUACAUGACACACACUUCCUUCUGGUGGGACCCACUGGUACUGGGAAAAGUGUUUACAUAACAGAUUUCCUGCUAAAAAAACUAGACAAAAAUGUUUACAAACCAAAUAUCAUCAACUUCUCAGCACAGACGAGCUCUACACAGACACAGAACAUGAUCAUGUCAAAGUUAGACAAAAGAAGGAAAGGAGUUUAUGGACCUCCACCAGGGAAAAAAGCGUUGGUAUUUGUGGAUGACUUAAAUAUGCCAAUGCCUGAGCAGUGGGGAGCUCAACCACCUAUAGAACUUCUGAGACAGUGGCUGGACCAUGGUACUUGGUAUGACCUGGGAGACACUAGUCCCAUGAAGCUCAUUGACAUGCAGUUCAUUGGUGCCAUGGGUCCACCAGGAGGAGGAAGAAACUUUGUAACUCCACGAUUUUUACGACAUCUCAAUUGUAUAUCAAUCAAUGUUUUUGAUGAUGACACUAUGGAAACAAUAUUUACUAAAAUUCUCACCUGGCAUUUUACAACAUUAUCCUUUCCUGAAGAAAUGUACCAGUGUAUUGGUCAGAUUAUUAAAGCUACAUUAAAGGUUUACCAUCAAGCCUCUGACAACUUGCUGCCCACACCUGCCAAGAGUCACUAUCUUUUUAACUUGAGAGACUUCAGUCGAGUCAUUCAAGGGAUACUGCUUAGUACUCCAGUCACUGCACCAACUGUUAAUGACAUUAAAAGGCUUUGGCUGCAUGAGGUGAAUCGAGUGUUUAGUGAUCGGCUGAUUGAUGACCAAGAUAGAACAUGGCUUUUCAAAUGCUGUCGAGACAUCAUCUUCUCAAUUUUGAAAGCAGACUUUGAUGCUCUGUUCAUUCACUUAGAUGAAGAGAAUACAGGAGAAGUAACAGAGAACAACAUCAGGUCACUGAUCUAUUGUGACUUUACAGAGGCUGCGGGAGAUGAAAGACUCUACCUGGAAGCUAGAAACCUAGAUGAGGUGCAAAAAAUACUCAACAACUAUUUAACCGAUUUCAAUCAGAUGAGCAAAAAACCCAUGGACUUAGUUCUGUUUAGGUUUGCUAUUGAACAUAUAUCUAGGAUUUCCAGAGUUCUAAAACAGCCUUGUAGCCAUGCUCUGUUGGUGGGUGUUGGUGGAUCUGGACGUCAAUCUUUGACAAGGCUUGCAGCAUAUAUUUCUGAUUAUGAUAUAUUUCAGGUUGAGAUAACCAAAAGUUACACCACAGUGGAGUGGAGAGAUGAUUUGAAAAGAAUUUUAAGAAGGUCUACAGAAGGCACCAAUCCUUCAGUGUUUCUGUUUUCUGACAGUCAGAUUAAACAAGAAUCAUUUCUAGAGGAUGUUAAUGGAUUACUAAAUGCUGGAGAGGUUCCAGGCUUAUUUGAAGUCGAUGAAAAAUUAGAAAUCUGUGAGAAAAUGAGAGCAUUUGACAGGACUCGAGAUAAAAACCAACAAACAGAUGGCUCUCUAGUUGCACUUUUUAAUCUUUUUAUUUCUAAAGUCAGAGACAACCUUCAUGUUGUCCUCUCAAUGAGUCCUAUUGGAGAUGCUUUCAGAAACAGGCUCAGAAAAUUUCCAUCACUCGUUAAUUGUUGCACUAUUAACUGGUUUCAGCCUUGGCCAGAUGAUGCUCUUGAAGCAGUUGCAACACGAUUUUUGACAUCUAUUGAAAUGGAAGAAUCUGAAAGACGUGGGGUCAUUGUAAUGUGUAAACAUUUUCAUCAGUCAACACAGAUGCUUUCAGAAAGAUUCUACCAUGAGUUAGACAGACACAACUAUGUGACCCCAACUUCAUAUCUGGAACUCAUCAACACUUUCAAGACUUUGCUGAAAAAUAACAGAGAGUCCACUAUGAUGCAGAAAAUGAGAUAUGUUGUAGGGCUUGAGAAAUUAGCCUCAGCCUCAGGCCAAGUAUCAGUCAUGCAGCAGGAGCUGACUGACCUACAACCCCAGCUUGUUGUGGCCUCCAAAGAGGUGUCAGAUAUAAUGAGUGUCAUAGAGAAGGACUCCAUAGAAGUGGCCAAAGUAGAAAAGGUUGUUAAAGCUGAUGAAGCUGUAGCCAAUGAACAAGCUUCAGCAGCUAAAGCAAUCAAGGAUGACUGUGAUGCUCAGCUUGCUUUGGCCUUGCCUGCACUGGAGGCUGCACUGUCUGCACUCAAUACACUCACACAGAAUGACAUUACAUUUGUAAAAACCAUGAAAAGUCCACCCUUCCUGAUCAAGCUGGUCCUUGAAGCUGUGUGUGUUUUACGAGGAAUCAAACCAGAUAGAAUAAAUGCUCCUGAUGGAUCAGGUAAAAAAAUUGAUGACUUCUGGGGUCCAUCCAAAAAAAUGCUUGGUGACAUGAAGUUCUUAGAACAGCUGAAAGAAUUUGAUAAGGACAACAUUCCCCAAGACAACAUGAAGAAAAUACGAAAACAGUAUAUCCCUAAUCCAGACUUUGACCCUGAGAAAGUCAGGACAGCAUCCACUGCUUGUGAAGGUCUUUGUAAGUGGGUGAGAGCUAUGGAUAAAUAUGAUGAGGUGAGCAAAGUUGUUGCCCCAAAACAAGCUGCACUGAAAGAAGCAGAGGGUGAGCUGAAAACUGCUAUGAUUUCUUUAGAGAAGAAGAGAGCAUCUCUUCGAGAAGUUCAAAACAAGUUGCAGAAACUUCAAGAAACUUUAGAUAUCAACAAACAAAAGAAAGCUGAGCUAGAAAACCAAGUAGAUUUGUGUCAGAAAAAACUGGAAAGAGCUUCACAGUUGAUUGGUGGUUUGGGUGGAGAAAAGCAAAGGUGGGAGACGGCAGCCCACAGACUGGGUCUAAAAUACAAUAAUCUUACAGGUGAUAUCUUGGUAGCAUCUGGUAUAGUGGCUUACUUGGGAGCAUUUACUUCUUCAUUUCGAUUGGAAGAAGCUUCAUCCUGGGUAAAAGAAGUUAGAGGCAUGAACAUUAAAUGUUCAGAUGAUUUCUCUCUGACCAACACUUUAGGUGACCCAGUCAAGAUACGCUCCUGGAACAUUGCAGGGCUACCUACUGAUAGUUUCUCUAUAGAAAAUGGAAUUAUUAUUAGCAAUGCCAACAGAUGGCCCUUAAUGAUUGAUCCUCAGAGCCAGGCCAACAAGUGGAUCAAAAAUAUGGAGAAACAGAAUAAUUUGCAUGUCAUUAAGUUCACAGAUAGAGACUUUGUCAGAAACUUAGAGAACUGCAUACAGUUUGGUACUCCUGUGCUAUUAGAAAAUGUUCAAGAAGAAAUAGACCCUCUAUUAGAACCAUUAUUGCUGAAACAAGUGUUCAAACAAGGGGGAGCAAUGUGUAUUAAACUUGGAGACUCAACGAUUGAGUAUUCAUUUGAUUUCAAGUUUUACAUGACAACAAGUUUGAGGAAUCCCCACUAUCUACCAGAGACUGCUGUGAAGGUGACCUUGCUAAACUUUAUGAUCACACCUGAAGGUCUGCAGGACCAGCUACUGGGUAUUGUAGUAGCCAAGGAAAGACCAGAGCUGGAAGAGGAAAAGAAUAUGCUUAUAGUUCAAGGGGCUUCUAAUAAAAAACAACUGAAAGAAAUAGAAGAUAAGAUUUUGGAAGUUUUAUCAACAUCAGAAGGAAAUAUUUUAGAAGAUGAAACAGCAAUUAAAGUUUUAUCUUCAUCAAAGACUCUGUCCAAUGAAAUUUCAGAGAAACAGUCUAUAGCUGAGGAAACAGAAACAAAAAUUGAUGAGGCCCGUAUGGGUUACACACCGAUAGCUGUCCACAGCAUAGUGCUUUUUUUCACCAUUGCUGAUCUGGCCAACAUUGACCCCAUGUACCAGUAUUCCCUAACCUGGUUCAUCAAUCUGUUCAACAUCUCUAUUGAACAUGCAGACAAAUCUGAAAUCUUGACAGAGAGACUCAACAAUCUUCACCAACACUUUACCUACCUGCUGUACUGUAAUGUUUGCAGAUCACUCUUUGAAAAAGAUAAGCUGCUAUUUUCCUUUAUUUUGUGUGUGAACAUUUUAAAACACACUAAAGAAAUCGAUGAAGUAGAGUGGAGAUUUUUUCUCACUGGAGGUGUGGGAUUAGACAAUCCCCACAAGAAACCUGUGGAAUGGAUUCCUGCUAAAUCUUGGGAUGAGCUUUGUCGCAUAGAGGACUUGCAUCACUUCAAAGGCAUACAGAAAUCUUUUGUUUCAGAAGCUGAGGAGUGGAAAAGACUAUAUGAUAGCAUUGAACCCCAACUUGAAAAGUUGCCCAAACAAUGGGAAACAAAACUGAAUAAAUUUCAGAAGAUGUUGAUCUUGAGAAUAUUUCGAGGAGACAAGAUCAUCCCUGCAGUCCAAGACUUUGUGUCUGAAAAGUUGGGCAAAGUUUUUAUUGACCCUCCUCCUUUUGAUCUGCCUAAGUCAUAUGCUGAUAGUAACUGUACAAGUCCAUUGCUCUUUGUUCUCUCCCCUGGCUCUGACCCCAUGGCAGCUCUUCUCAAGUUUGCAGAUGAUAAUAAUAUGGGAGGUGACAAAUUUGAUUCACUUUCCUUGGGACAAGGUCAAGGUCCCAUUGCUUUAAAAAUGAUUGACAAGGCCUGUAAAGAUGGACUCUGGGUUGUCUUGCAGAACUGUCACCUAGCACCAUCUUGGAUGCCAACUCUAGAAAAAAUAACUGCGGAAUUCUCUGAAGAUCAGACCCAUCCUGAUUUUCGUCUGUGGUUAACAUCUUACCCAUCUAAUGUCUUCCCUGUUACAAUCUUACAAAAUGGAGUUAAAAUGACAAAUGAAGCCCCUAAAGGUCUGCGUUUCAACAUUAUCAAAUCUUACAAGUCUGACCCAAUAUCUGAUUCUGAAUUCUUCAAUGGAUGUAUCAAGCCAGUCAUAUUUAAAAAGAUGUUGUAUGCCUUGUGUUUUUUCCAUGCCUUGGUUCAAGAAAGAAAGAAAUUUGGUCCAUUAGGCUGGAACAUUCCAUAUGAGUACAAUGAUACUGACUUGAGAAUCAGUGUUUUACAACUACAGAUGUUUUUAAAUCAGUAUGAGGAAGUGCAAUAUGAAGCACUGAUCUAUUUAACUGGUGAGUGCAACUAUGGUGGGCGUGUGACGGAUGGCUGGGAUAGACGCACACUUCUCACUAUACUGAGAAAGUUUUACUGUACAGACUUAGUGACUCAGGAAGAAUUCUUCUUUGACCCAAACAACAAGUAUGCUCUACCACCAGAUGGUGAUUAUGAAAGUUAUAUUACAUAUACUCAAAACUUGCCACUCAUGGCCUCUCCUGAAGUCUUUGGAAUGCAUCCAAAUGCUGAGAUUACAAAGGAUCAAGCAGAGACACAAUUGUUAUUUGAUAACAUUCUUCUCACAUUGGGAAAGUCUAAAAGUAAAGAAGGCAAAUCUUCGGAUGAAGUAGUGGAUUCUGUAGCCUUGGAUAUUAUUGAAAGAUUACCAGCCAACUUUGACACAGAAAUAGCCCUUAGGAAAUACCCAACAUCCUAUUCACAGAGUAUGAAUACAGUAUUAGUACAGGAGAUGGUUCGCUUCAAUAAACUACUUAUUAGAAUAAGGAGUACACUUCUUAAUAUUAGAAAAGCUAUCAAGGGCUUAGUUGUCAUGUCCACUGAAAUGGAAGAAGUUGUGGGUAGCAUACUAACUGGGAAAGUGCCUAACGUGUUUAAAAAAGUAUCCUAUCCAUCACUGAAACCUCUUGGCAGCUAUAUCAAUGAUUUUCUUGCUCGUCUGCAGUUUCUACAAACCUGGUAUGAUGCUGGUCCACCACCAACUUUCUGGUUGUCUGGAUUCUUUUUCACUCAAGCCUUUUUGACUGGAGCUCAGCAGAACUAUGCCAGAAAGUAUACUAUACCUAUUGACCUCUUGACUUAUGACUUUGAAGUGUUAGAUGAUAAAAUGUACAAAAGGCCACCAGAAGAUGGUGUGUAUGUUUAUGGUUUGUAUUUGGUUGGUGCCAGGUGGGACAGAACUAAAAAAGUACUCAAUGAAUCAUUACCUAAAAUUCUGGCAGAUAGUGUACCAACAAUUUGGUUAAAACCUCUAAAAAAAUCAGAUCUCCAUCCGUCAAAGAUUUAUGAAUGUCCAGUGUACAAAACAACUGAAAGAAGAGGGACAUUGUCCACCACUGGUCAUUCUACAAACUAUGUAAUGACUAUGUUGUUGCCAUCUGAUAAGCCCCAGGAACAUUGGGUCUGCAGAGGUUUAGCUAUGGUCUGCCAGUUAGAUGAUUAAGUACUUAUAUAUAUAUAUAUAUAUAUAUAUAUAUAUAUAUAUAUAUAUAUAUAUAUAUAUAUAUAUAUAUAUAUAUAUAUAUAUAUAUAUCCUUAUCAAAGAGUCAAAUUUUCUGAUAUUAAAAAAUGUUCUAUAGAAAAAAUAAUGCUUUUUCUUUGUUUGCUUUUGCUUUUUUUUAUCUGUGUGUAAAGAAAUGGGCUACUUUUUUUUUUUAGUCUAUUUCGUACAAAGUGCAAGUAAGUUUGUAAUUUGGCAGCAUAUUUUAGAUUAAAUAUUGUCAGUUUAAGUAUAAAGAUUAAGGAAAAUAUCAGAGAAGUUUAAUCAUUUAAAAUACAAAAAUACAUAAAUACCAUCUUCAUUAAAGCCAAUUAGCAAUGUCAUUUAAUGCUGUCAGGAAAGUUUUUGUUGCUCAAAUUAACAGUUUUAUAACAUUGGGAAGAGAGAAUACAAAGAUCUUUAUUAAAUUGUUAUGUUGUUUAUUUUUAAAGAACUUUGUAAUGAAAAUUAAGUGAAAUGACAUUUUUUCUUUUUUUGUACUUCAAAUUCUAGCAAAUUUUAUAAAUAUUCAACUAAAAAAAUAAAUUCCCCAAAACAUCUUAAAUAUUUAAAAAACAUAAUUUCUCUAGCAUAUUAUUGUUUCCCAAUACCUUCAAGACAAAAAAAUAUUCCUGUCAGUAAAAAUAGUUUAGCUCUUGUAACUUUUACUAACUAUUACCAAAACCAGAAAACAUUGCUUGUGCGUGAAGAGGUGUUAGAACUCUACUCUAUAAUCCAAACUAAACUUUCAGAAUAAAGGGCAUCAUAUUUCAUAUGAACAAUUGUGCUUCACACUUUAACACUAACUAUUAGCUGGUAUUGUGUAAAAGAGUUUUUAACUUGAAGUGAUCUGCUAUUUAUCUGACUCAUCAACAUAUCUAUGUAUUAGUACCUAUAAGCAUACAGCUCAGCAACUUUUUGUUCUAUGUGUAUGUAUUCUAAUGAAAUUAUUACUUGAUCAAUGUCAAGGUCUAAUGUUUUAUUCUAUUUUAGUUCAUUACACAUAACUACCAUAUCAGUAUUCUGCUGUUUUUUUUUUUUCUGUUUAUUCUGUACUAGAUAUAAUAAAAUAUAUGCCCUAUUUGAAUUGA